AUGACGGAUGCUUCCGCUUCCGUUGAAGCACCCUCGGCGGUGCCGAUCCUGUCUUCGGGCCAUCCCACACCUGCUCUUGACGUCGAAACAACCAACUGGAACGCGGUCAAGAUCUUUGCGGUCCAGCACCAGAUCCCUUUAAAGCUUCUCGAAAACAUCCGCGAUGAUGUCUUUGCUGAGCCAGCAAAGUACGCAGCUGAUCACGACUUUGGUACGGAAACGCCGUACCACAUCAAUGCAGCAUGCAUCGAUACUGGUCGUGUUGUCUUUCGUUUCCGCUCGCGUCAAUCCCAUCUCGGUGCCUCCGAUGCUCGUUCUUCAGCAGCGCUACCGCACGAUGGAAUGCCCCGCUCCAACUCAUCUGGCGCCAUCUUCUCACAGCCUCCUGCCGACUCAGCCGACACUUUCCAGCCCGUCACAAAGGUCAACCUGGCCAACAGCCUCUUCCGCAAGACGGGAAAUCUUAGUCUCAAACAUUCCAAAUCAAUCCCCGUCCUGCGUCGCAAAGCUUCUGCCCAUUUCGCUCCUGUCCCCUCCACCACUGUAGCAAGCUCGUCGGCAAGCGCAGAGCCUGCCACCUCCUCGAUGUUAGCCGGCAGUUUGCUCAGCCAUUCACGCCAGGGAACUCCGGCUCUGCCGCUCUUCACUUCGUCCAGAACUGCAUCAUUACAGCACAAGUCGGAUGACCAUAUGUCCUCACAUUCUGCUUUCGGCAGCAAUGCUGUCAAUAUGGUUCGCGCUGGAAGCACUCCUGUUAGCGGUCUGUACGCCAACCGACAGGGCUCAGACCAUAUUCAAGAGGGAGACGUACUUGGUGCUGUUCUUGGACUCGGACAGACUGAUCUAUGGGCCAGUGCGCACACUGGUCCUAAACUUCGGUCACGACAGCGCAGAUCAUCCAGCAGCUCCUCUAAUCUGUCAACAGAUGCCUCUCAUCGUCCGCAACCGCUUCCGGAACUUCGCCUCCCAGAACCCAGCUUUGACUCGCACGUGGCCAGGUCCCCACACUUGCAUCAGCUCAGAGAGGCGCAGUCGUUUGAGUCCAACGCAUCUGACACCACUGCUCGUGGCAUGGAGGACACAAAUGUCUCUGUCGAUAGCUAUCCGGCCGACCUGAAACCCUUUUUAUGGCCUAGCAAUGCUGACGCAUCUGGACCGUCAGCCAAGACGCUUGUGUUCGACGUUAUUCAGUGCUACCGACGAUCUGCCUUGACCCUACAACAACAGCAUCAGCAACGCCGCGCAGAUACGGCCGAUCGCAUAUCAUCAUCUUUGCCUGCCUUGGUCAGCACGCACGCUGCAGAGUCAGCUCAGCCUACCGCCUUCACUGCUCAGGCUCAAACUCUGCCCACAUCGGCCACGCCAGGAGACGACCCAAGAUUCGCCGUUUGGGCAGUCAAAAGCGAGAGCAAUGAUGGCACCUUCGUCGUCAGCGAUCGCACCGGUCAGACCCAUGCAAGUGAGACUUCCGAGCUUGCCUCUUCAGCAACUAGCUCGCCGAAAUUAGUGACAAAACGUCCCAAACGAAGGAGUCGUCUGCCAUUUGUGGAUGACGGCGCAAUGCAUGCUGGUUCCGCUGCUGCUAACUCAAACUCCAGCCCUGCCUCGGAGAAGAAGUUCGAUCUUACACAAUCACAUUCACCACAAGUCAAAGCGGUGCUGUUGGCCGCGUCUGCGGCACGACUCGUCGCUGAACUCACCGCCGAGAUCGACCUUACUCUGCGUAGCGACUUUUUCUACACUUACCGCGCAUUCAUGUCCGCGCCGGACCUGCUCGAGCUGCUCAUCCUCCGUUUCGAAUGGGCCAUCUCUGAUCCGAGUUCAGCAGAAGAUGAGGCGCGUCGGCGUAUCGUGCGCGUGCGCACCUACGUCGUCAUCAAGCACUGGCUGCAGCACCAUUUCGAAUUCGACUUCCUUCCCAGCCGCGCUUUGCGACAGCGCCUUGCCACUUGGCUCAACAUCACGGCCAAGGAUGGACGGAUUGCCGCGCGCCCCGCCGAUCUCAAUAUUGUCAACAGCCUCCGCAAGGUCGUCAGAGGACUCAAGGAGACCUACUCACACUCGGGUGUCGGCGGCCUCCUUUUGCACGAUGCUGGUCGUCUGACUGACAGCCCAGCUACUCGUUCCAAAACUAAUAGCAUAUCUACUAUCGGCUCCUCCUCUCACGACUCUGAGCCCGGCGUCGGCACAGCUUCGAGUUCUGUUUCUAGUGGGGAACAUCGCUUGACCAGCUCGGGAUCGAUGCCCUCCAUCACUGAGGACGUCAAUCUUGACUUUUCCGAAGAUCCAAGCUCUCACGAUGCUCUGCACAUCAACUCUCCUCCCGUUAACCGCAGUCAACCUUCGUCUCCACAGAUCACGCGAGCAGAGCUCUCGGAUACUUCGCGCGCCGCCGCACAGAAGGCCGCCGCAGAGUCGGUGCUUGUGUCGCAUCGACAUACCCUCGCACCUCUUCCAAUGCAUCCUCCGCGUUCUACUGCGUCAACUACCAAUCAAUCUUUGCUACCGUCCCCCAUGCCACACGGCUCCAAUGCUCUCUCUCGCGCUUUCGCACAGACUGCCAGCCGUAUCUCCAAGUUAAAGAAGGCGCUUGGCAGCCGCGGCCUAGGUCUGAACGGUAGCCACGAACUCGAUGCCGAUGCAGAAGAGUGCACUGACCUUCUAUUUGCUAAAGGAGGUCUUGAAAGCUUGCUGCAGUACUUUGCCAUCGACCAAGCGAGGCGACAGUCUAUGUUAACAUCUCGUAACCAGAGGCCGCCUCGUCAACGACCCCUUUCGCGCACCGAGGAGGCUAACGAAGAGGAAGAAGAAGCCUUGGCAAGUCAGGCGUCGGAGGACAGCAUCGGCCAAGAAGAGACACCAAGUCUAGCAGGUGCGUCCACCAACCAAUCCACACCGGCAAGCUCUAUCGACCUAGCACGUCUGUCGGACAAGCGCGCGUCGGAGGACCAUGCAGUCCGUCAGGGCCUUGGCAUUGGUAUUAGCAAUGCUGAACACGACAGCGGCGACUUCUCCGUUGCCCUUCACAGCCAGGACCUGUUUGGCCUGCAAGCAGAUAGCAUGCAGCCCUUGAAGUCGCUCGCUCAUGCGAGACCAAAAGUUCAAGAGCAUCUUCAUCACGCCGCUAGCGAACAGACGCUCCGGUCGGUAUCACGCAUAGCUGUCGAUCGCGAUUCGGGAGAGAUGGCUCGCACUGCUGGCAGCAUUGUCCAGCCACGCUCGUCCUUCCGUGACUCGCUUCUGAGCAACGGCGCCCCUCGCAUUGUGCAGAUCGACGACAUUGAUCUCUCCAGCGACGAGGACGACUUUGCUGUACGAAAGGCGCUGCGUCGCCUGCCAGGAGCCAGAGAUCUGCGCCAGGCAAACACCAUCCGGGAUCUUGAGCCGCAACCAUUGGCUGUCGGACGCGAAAGCAUCGAUUCAAUGGCGUCUUCAGCCUUUCGGCAUCCUGGCUCGGUACGCCACGUGCACAUGGGCUCGUUCGGAAUGAGACAUGCUCGAGGCGUCAGCGUGGAUAGUGCGCUUGUUGUGGCCGAGCAGCUCGGAUCCACGCCUGCAGCGUCGCAGCCCGCCCCGCCUAUGAUUACGACGGUGCAAUCCGAGAUGCUCGAUCCCGACGAAGCGCUGCAGGGCUACGAGCUAGUCAAGGGCUUCCGCUUGGACGAUAUCGAGAGUGACGACGAUGAGCCUGGCGAUGUCGAAGCAGCCUUGCGACGACUUGAGGGCAUCAUCGAUGAAGACCGACAAAAACAGAAGGCUAAGCGCGUCGAACGCCUAUGGCAACGUUCGAUGGCUCGAAAUGCCAGACUUGAUCCUGCCGAAGAUUGCAACAACGAUGAAGACAAACGUAGCAGCGAAGUGUCUCUACGGUCCAAGGGCGACCGCACCUUCUCAUCGUCCCUCACUGGUGGCUCGCUAGCCGAUGCAGAGGAUGCGAUCUCGAACGCAUCCAUGGCUGCCUGCGACCGAACUGCGGAUGAGGCACAUCACCCAGUUCGUCCUCAUUCGUCUGACGCACACGCUAAGGAGCUGCGGGCCCAUUCCUCGUUCUUGAAUCUUCGAGACAGCAUCGAGAUGUCCGAGUCAGCAGAUCAAGGCGAGGACAGACUCGCCUCUGCGCCAAUGCCGGAGUCAUUACAGCCAUCGGCAGAGCAUCGUCGAUCUGUCGAUUUGGCUGCAGGUGACAAAUCGAGACGGCUUGUAUCUGCCGUUGCUGGACCACAGCAAGUGGCAAAUCUGUUCACUUCGCCAAAGCGAGGUUUGGUGUCUCUGCUUCCCACGCAUCGCUCUUUCCUGCUGUCCUACGGUUCUGGAUCAGUGGCUCGGCAGAUGUGUCUGAUCGAAGCAGAACUGCUUCGCUCUGUAUCAUGGGAUGAGCUAGCUUCCUCGAGAUGGCGUGAGCGUCGGUUCGGAGCCGAGGUGACAGAUUGGGAAGCUUUCUAUCGCGACCGCGUGCGUGAUCGUCUCGAGGCGCAACGGCUCGGUGAGUUGCACCAAGAACAUGCAGUGGAAGCCAUUGUCGCGCGAUUCAACCUAACCUCGAAUUGGGUGGCUAGCGAGGUGGUCCUUACGCAGAACAUCGAUGAGCGCGCGGCGGUCAUCUCGAAGCUGAUCCGUAUAGCCUGGAAGUGCUACUUGCAGUCCAACUUUGCAUCGCUGGCUCAGAUCAUCUUUGGCCUCAACACACCCUGGGUCCAAAGGCUCCGUCGCACGUGGAGCCGAGUCGGCUACUUCGAAACGCGGAUGUGGCGAGACCUUAACUCCUUUGUGGGGCCUCGUCACAAUUUCCGCCAUCUUCGCAAUGCCAUGUUGAAAGUGGCCGAGGGUAACGCGGGCGAAAGCGGUCCCGGCGAUUUCAGCGCAAGUCCGAGGGCUGUCGACGCAGGCAAGGCCGGGUCAACUCGUGCUUGCAUUCCCUUCUUUGGCCUAUUCGUAUCGGAUCUCAUGCAGUAUGAUGCGAUGCCGACCUUUUUGGACCCGACAGUACCGACGAUGGCCGCUACAACCGCAUUUGACCAAGAUGGGCAUGUUCGGGUGCACCCCGCUGAUCCGCACGUCUUCGACGACCUGGCUCCCCUUCCUCCUGGCGUGCAUUUGGAGCCGCUCAUCAACGUUCUCAAGUUCCGCAGCAUCGCCGAGGUCAUCCGCCAGAUCUCUGGUUUUCAGAAUGCCGCCAAGAAUUACUCAGCCAUGUUCGAGGCGGAGAAGGGAGCUUAUGUGCGCUGCUUGAAACUUCGUUGUCUCCCUGGUGAGCUGCUGGCUCGCUUGAGUCAUAUGGCUGAGCCUUGA